AUGUCGCAAUUUCUGAAAAACAAAAAACCAAUUUUACUUGUUGGACCGGCUGGAACAGGAAAAACGCACCUGUCAUCAUUGGUUUUGAAGCAAGACGUAAUUGUUUUUAACGUACAUGACCAAACCGAGUCAUCUGAUUUGAUUGGAACACUGCAACCAGUGACGAAACUAAACCGACUGAUAUUCCACUACAAUCAACAUCUCAUUUCGCAACUUACGACCAUUAAAGAGUGUUUAGAAGUGAUUGAAAAUUUGCUAACUAAAUUCGAAGAAUUUUCGUCCAGUCAAAAUCUAGAUUCACAUUUAAACACUGCUGAAAUCAGGGCAAAAUGCGAAAGCAUUGUAAGCAAUAAUACGACAUCGACCGAAUUAAAAGAGCCUUUACUUCUAAUAGGAGGUACUGGGCUUGGUAAAACGUCGGUUAUUCAAGAAUACGUAUCAUGGGCGGGCAAAAUGGCUAAAAAAAACCAAAAACUGUAUAUUGUCAACUGUCAACAAGGGACUGAAGCUUCUGAUUUCUUAGGUUGUUUCAUACCUAACGCUAUUUCCAAAUUGGAAUGCGACGAUUCUUUAUUUAAAUGGCAGAAUGGACCUUUGGUAAACGCUGCAUUGAAUGGUGACAUUCUAUUAAUAGAUGAAAUCAAUUUGGCAGAGGAUUCGGUCUUAGAACGAUUAAACAGCGUUUUUGAAGGCGAAAAUAGCUCUCUUUAUUUAGCAGACCAACAAGUUUCAAUAAACAUCCAUGCUGAUUUCAGAGUUUACGCAACAAUGAACCCUUCUGGGGAUUACGGCAAAAAAGAACUUUCGCCUGCUCUUAGAAAUAGAUUUUUGGAAGUUUGGACAGAUGUGAUAAACUUGGAUGACGAAAAAGCUAAAAUUUUGCUCGUUGCUAUUGAAUUAUUAGGAACAGCAUUCGGUCUAAAAUUGACGGAUUUACAAACUUUGGUUACUUUUUUCCUACCCGAUGGAAAAAAUUGGGUUCAUUUUAACGCUCUAGAAAUUGUACCUACUCAGUUACAGAUUGGAGAAAUCACGAUCAGCCAGAGCAAUUUAACUAAACUUCUUUUGGCGUUUUUUUCAAAACGGCCCAUACUUAUCGAAGGAAAACCUGGGGUGGGUAAAACUUGCACAAUAGAAUGGCUUGCAAAAGUCUUUAACAAGAAGUUGUAUCGUUUUAACAUGAGUGACCAAUCGGAUCUGUUUGAUCUGUUGGGAUCAUAUUCAUUUAAAAACGAAAAUUUUGUGUGGAAAAUCGGUGGUUUAACAAGUGCGAUUCUAAAUGGCGACUGGGUUUUGAUAGAUGAAAUCAAUCUGGCGCCUCAGUCUAUUUUGGAAGGUUUGAAUUCUUUGUUUGAUUUCAGAAAUUCUCUGUACAUUUCGCAGUUUGAUGAAACUCUGGUGCCUACAGAUGGAUUCAGACUUUUUGCAACUCAAAAUAAACAUUCUUACGGAACUGGCCGAAAAGGGUUACCUAUUUCAUUUUUAAACAGAUUUGCCAAGUUGGAAUUAGAUUGCUUGAGUACACACGAUAUUUUUUUUAUCUUGGAACAAAGAUAUCCAAAGCUUUCAAGCAAAAUCAGUGCAGACUUAUCUGAUGAAGAAAUGGAACAAACUUGCAACGAAGAACUUGGCAAUGGUACAGGUUUAGCUGAAGGCAAAGGUUUGGAGGACGCCCAAGAAAAAUUGGAAAAUGAAUUGGAUUUCGACACACUACAAGGUGAAGAAAACUACGAUAACGAAAAAUCUAACAAUAAAAAGAAUGAAGAAGCUUUCGAAACUAAUAUGGAUUAUGGAGGCGAAGUUAGCGAUGUCAGCCAAAAUGACGCGGAUGAGUUAGACUCCAACAAUUACGAAGACGAAUUUGGACAUUUCUCUGAUGACGCAAAUUCCAAAAAUAUUGACGAAGAUUCAGACCUCCCCAUGGAUGAAAACGAGACUAUGAGUAAAAUCAACAAAGAUCCGGACUUGUCUGAUGACGGGCAAAAACAAACUGAUAAUUCAACUCAGGAACCUGAAAAGACAAAAGCAAGAGACACAGACGAUUUAUCUUUUAUUGAUGAUUUAAAUAAGGAUGUGGAUAAUCUCGAAAAUGGGGUCGAGGACGAAACUAUGAAUGCAGAAAAGCCUGACAAUGAACAAGAUGGCGUUCAGUCCAGUUUACUAGAAGACUUAUUGAACAACGAUAUAUUAUCGGACAACGAGUCUGCAUCAGACAUAGAAAACCUGAGUGAAAAUGAAGAUUCGCAACUUAAUGAAGAUGUCUACGAAGAUGACAAUACUAAUGACUCAGAAAAAGAAAUCAAAGAUAUUACUGAUGGCCAAGAUGAAAUCCCAAAAAACGAAAGUGUGGAGCAAAUUGAAAACAAUGACAUCGCGGCUAGUUCCCAGUCCAAUACUACAUUUGAUACAAAGCAACAUAAUCCAGUUGCAGAAGACACAAUCCAACAACCUGAGGCUGGCGAGAAACCCACCGAACCUAAAUUUACGGAUGACGCGCAAAUUUCGAAUAAUACCAAAGACCAAAACGAAGGAUUAGAGGCUACAUAA